AUGAUUGUGCGAAAGAGAUCCAUCAACGGCACACCCGUUCAAAAGGGAAUAGUGAACGAGAAGAAACUCCAAAACAUCACGAUAAAGAAUUACGAAAUUAAUAGCAAUGGAGAGAAGAAAAACUUUUUCGAUUACUACGGGUGUAUAUACCCAUUCAAUAUGCCAAUAAGUUUAUACAAGUACCCGCCCAUUUUUGGGUACUGCAGUUUAAGUGACUUCCAAGAAAUAGGAGCAAAGAGACUGGCCCUUUUGCAAUUCCUGGACACCUGUACAAUUAACGGGGAGGACGAAAAGGACACAUUUAACUCAAAGGCGAGGAUGGACAAGGAUACCACACUUACCAGCAACAACAACGAUAAUAAAUUUAAACAAAUAAGACAAAAAAUAUUUGAAUAUAAAUUUGGAAUUCAGAAGAUGAAAAAUUACAGUAAAGAAGAAAUGGAAAAUAUAAUCAUGACAGAUUUAUUAUCCCACUACAUCUUAAGAAUAGCUUUUGCAAAAGACAAAGAAAAGCAACAGUGGUUUUUAAAGCAGGAAUUAAAAUUAUUCAUGUUUCGAUUAAAUGAAUUAAAAAAUAUUAACGUACUGAAUUCACAUAACCUUGGGGAGAGCGAACGAGGAUUAAUUCAUUUGUUAAAGAGAGAAAAUUUAAAUUAUGAAUAUUUGUCCAAACCAGUUAUAUCAUCCUUUGGAGCCAAAGAUGAAGCAUGGGAAAAAUAUACAUCCUUCAUCCCUAAUAGAGAUACCAUAGAAAAGGUAUUUAAAAUUCCCUUUUUUCCAGAUGCAUAUUUAUUAGUGAAAGAGCACAAGGUGUGUGUUGAUAAAGCUAUCGCAUAUGUUCCAGACAUAUACCUAGACUCUAUUUUAGUGACUCAAUUUAAAAUAACCAUUAAGGAGUCCUUUAAACAUUUAGAUAAAAAUGAAAAACUCCUACUUAAUAUACAAAAUGAUAGCAGAAUAUCUACCUUCCUGGUGGCACUGCCCAAAGCAUACGUUGCAAGGGAUUACAGGCAAAAUUAUGAACAUACACAGGAAACUAGACUAAUGCCACAAAAUUUGUAUAGUGUUUAUAAGCAGUCCUUUCCCCCUUGUAUGCGUAGAAUCUUUGUUAAUUUUAUUAAAGAAAAACAUUUGAAACAUUGGGGAAGGCAACAGCUGUGGUUAUUUUUAAAAGGGGCUGGUAUGACACUGGAGGAAAAUAUACACACCAAUCGAUCCAUAUGGUUACAACCAGACAAAUUCGAUAAGGAGCAUAGAUAUACUAUACGCUAUAUGUAUGGCAAGGAGGGGAAGAAGACAGAUUUUAGCCCAUAUAAUUGCUCUAAAAUUAUAAAUAACUUUCCUGUUCCUUCAAGUGGAGACACGCAUGGGUGUCCUUUUAAGAACUUUGACGAAGCUCACUUGAGGACCCUGCUCUUUUUCUUUGGGCUCACUGAUGAUCAGAUUAAAAAUAUCAUGCCUUUGAAAAAGAACAACGAAUACCAGAUGGCUUGCGUGAAGUUUUUCAUGGAAAUGCACCCCGGCUCGUCUGCCGACGGGGUGGGCAACCACCCCAACUCGUACUACAUCGAGAGUAGGAAGUACUACAAAUCGAAGGCAACGAACGGGACAGGCGAAACGGGUGCGUAA